CCCUAAAUAAUUCAAGAAACACUUCCUUUGCUCCCCAUGGCAAGAUAACUAAACUUCCAAAGUGUAAAAUAAUUCCCAAAAAAAAAAGGAUUAGCUAGCAAAGAAAGUCUUGGUUUUGAUUCAAGAAAAUGGAAAUACAAUUGGCUAAGUGUGAGUGUUGUGGUCUAAAAGAAGAUUGCACACAAGACUAUAUUAAUGAAGUGAAGGCCAAUUUCAAGAGGAAAUGGUUGUGUGGGUUGUGCUCAGAAGCUGUUAGAGAUGAAGUUGAAAGAGGAAAAAUUCUUGUGAUAGAAGAAGCAGUGAAAGCUCCCAUGUCAUUUUGUAGAAAAUAUAACUCUAAUCCUGCAAUUUGUGUAGCUAAUGGGAUAAGGCAGAUGCUAAGGAAAAGGUCUGGUGAUUUAUCUUCCUCUUAG